AUGGCUCCUUCGGACGACAUCCUGACUGAUGUCCCAGGCACUGUUUACUUGGUUGACACAUCCGGGAACUUGGCCGAUGCUGCGCACGCAAAUGACAUUCUCCUGCUCCCCCAGCCAUCAUGUUCCGCAGCUGAUCCUCUGAACUGGCCGAAGUACAAAAAGUACUGGACCCUGUGUCUCAUCUCAGCCUAUGCAUGCCUCGAGAACAUGAACGGCGGCUCUGCCCUCAACUACCUCAUGCUUGGCUUCUUCAACAUCAUUUGGAUUCCGACGGCGAUGAAAUUCGGACGCAAGAUCGUCUACAUCUUGAGUUUGAUAUUUGUUGGCGCGAGUGGUAUCUGGGGUGCAUUUUACGUUGGCACGGGCCAAUAUUAUGUUAUGACGACGAUUAGUGGAAUGGGCACCGCUGCGUACCAAGCCCUGAUCCAGCUUACGAUCUUCGAUACGUUCUUUGCUCACGAGCGAGGCCGGAUGAUCGCGAUUUACAUCUUCUUCCAGCAGCUGGGGUCCAUCCUUGGACUUAUCCUGGGCGGAUACAUAUCCGAUGGUAUCGGAUGGAGAUGGAGUAUGCCCAUUGUUGCAAUUGCCUGUGGAGUCCUAAUCUUGUUGUUCAUCUUUACCUUCGAUGACACCAUGUUCCCGCGGUACCGCUUCUCAGAAAGAACACCAUCGGAAGCCUUGAAAGGUGAACAGAGCUAUGAAGCUUCCCCUGAAACGCAAUCCGAGAAGCCUCAGAAGGAGGGGCCCCAUAUGUCAGUGACCCCAAGCAAUGGGGCGGGCGAGGUAGAUAUGCCGCCACGGACAUAUACCCAGAAAAUUGCUCUGGUGCACUACUUCAAGGACGACCAGACGACAUGGUUCCAGUAUUUCCGACGACCAUUCUAUCUCUUCGCGUUUCCCAAUAUCGUCCUAGCUGGCAUUCAAUUCGCGUUCGGAUGCACCGCAGGAAUCGUCUCCUUCAACACCAUCUCAGAGAUCAUGACAGAAGCUCCGUACAAUUGGAGUAACGGCUCAACCGGCCUGCUGUUCCUCUCCGCUCUCAUCGGCAGUUUCUUUGGGAUGGGCAUCGGAUCCCUAUCAGAUUGGCUCGUUCUCGUCCUAGCCCGUCGCAACAAAGGCUACAAAGAGCCGGAAAUGCGACUCUGGGCAUAUGUAUUUCCGCUGAUAUUCGCCGCCCUUGGAUACUUCAUCUACGGCUGGGGUGCCACAGCAGGAGCGCAUUGGAUGACCAUCGCCGUUGGUUUGUGUUGCAUGAUAGCUCAACAAGUCUCAGCAACCAGUAUCGCAACCGCUUACGCCAUGGAAUGUUUCGACAAGAUUUCCGGCGAACUGGUGAUUGUACUCGCCAUAUGCUCUUCUGUCAUCAAUUUCGCCAUCUCGUUCACCGUACAGCAUUUCAUUAACGCCACGAACUAUGGCUGGGCUUUCACCUUUUAUGGGAUAUGUGUGGUCCUUUCUAUGGCGAUGGGUGUGCCUAUGAUUAUCUGGGGGAAGAGCUGGCGCCGACGGGGCAAGGGGCGUUAUGAGAAGUUUCUGACAGAGACGGGUCGCCAAUCUUGA